GUGGCGCUGACGUCAUUGUAUGAGGAUCCCAUGCUCCAUUGUGAUUUUCCACUCGAACUACAAGAACAGUUUAUGCUGCUGGAUAACCUGGUUGAGCAUCAAGAAAUCAAUGAUGAGCUCCAAAGUCUUGAUGACGUACUUCAAGAGCUGCAGGGAGAGGAGGAAGCAGCACCAGUAAAAACACCUGGACCAAGGGUACAUUGGAGAAAAAGAGACAGUGAUGGAAACAUUGUCUAUGCAAGACCAAGAUCAAGCAGGAAUCAGUCAAACGAGGCUGAUCACAUUCGGAAAACUGAUCUUCACAUCAGUGCUCCUGACACUAACUGUGAUGUGACCUUUUCUCCAGAGACUGUUGAGUGUUUCAUGCAAGAUCUCCAGCACUCACUGAGCGAUUCUUUAGAUGAUGAUGCAUCAGCUCUUGGAACCUCAAGAGAUCCUCUCUUAGUUUCCUCAAACUGGAGUACAAGACAAAGUCUUAUUUCAGAGAAGUGGAGGGCAGAGAGACCCCGCCUGGUGAACACGGCUGUGGCACGAGAAAAUGUGCUAACACACAUCUGCCAACUGUGUGGAAGCAAUCCAGCUGCUGUCCGGUGUUGUGACUGUCGACCACGCCCCUUCUUUUGUGCUGAAUGUGAUGUCAUCAUGCACACCAGACAUGUUCUCCAUAACCGAGAUGCCAUGACUCCUGGAUUCUACCAGCCAUUGCCUCCAACUACUUGUGUUGUAGAUACGGCUCUUUCCCAUUGUGUGCGCCAUGUGCCUGUGGAGGUUCCUGACAAAAUUUGCGGUUGUUCACCAGAGUCAUUGAGGGUCAGCCCAGGGAAGACUGUUGCUGUGAUCACAAUGAAUGAUAACGGACCACCAGUGGACGUGAUCAUACCUGAUCUGGAGGAAUUAGACGGUCUCAGGAAAGGCGAUCACUUCAGAACUCCAGAACAGAGGCCAAGGAGGCGAGGAAGAAGAGGCGGGGUGCGGGAGCGUAUGAGACAACAACAUCCGUCUCGCAUUCCCCUGCCUUCAAUUAUCCUGUCCAACGCCCGUUCUCUCCGUAAUAAAACUGACGAACUCCAGGCUCUUGUUCGCCAUCAGCACGCAUUUAAAGACGCCUGUAUUCUGGCCUUUUCAGAGACCUGGCUCGGGGAAAGGGACGCUGACGGUGAUUUAGUUAUAGACGGGUUUGGGAUCCCGUUUCGCACCGACAGAACGUCCACGACUACCGGGAAAUCAUGCGGAGCUGACCAUAACUGUGUGUACUUGGUUCCAUCCUAUCGGACAUGUCUUCAGAGGGGGAAGGUGACAACUAGAAACAUCAAAGUGUGGUCGGAAGAGGCCACCCUCACCCUCCAGGGCUGUCUGGAGAGCACAGACUGGGAGGUGUUCACUGAAUCCUCUAGAGACAUUCACGAACUCACUGAUGUGGUCAGUUCAUGGGUGAAAUGGAGUGGAGCAUAUCAGGAUGGGGCUGGUUUAACACUAGGAGAGGAGGUGGAACAGUGCAAUGCUUUCCUCUCCAGGAUUGCAGUGACCACAAAACACAUGUCUAAAGCAGUCUUCUACUGCACUUGUCACAUCAUUACAGGGGGAAUAUGGUAA